UGACGCACACGCAACCAGUAGACCUGUGAGCGCAUUCAAGUUCAAAAGCACGUAUAAGUGGGUAGAAUCGACGGUGCCGAAGAUUGAAGCCGCAGAGAUAUAAAUAAAUAAAUAAAUUUCUCUAUACAGCUCGCGGACGAAGAGCUUCACAGUGUCUGUUGCUAGCCAAUGAUUCUUCGAACGGCACGACGAUCGACACGGUCGGCCGGUUUGACAGAUGUGCAAUCAAGAAUGCCUAGUUGAUAGGUGCUGUUGGCGGUAAGGGUUUACCCUUAAAUCGCACUUUGUGUUUCAUCGUGUAAUCAAAAACUGUAGGAGUGAAGUAAAUCGUGUCCAUGAAUCUCUAAUACAACGUUCGCGACGUUCAAACGCCUCUACAAGUGAAUACUUAUUUUCGCAAAUCUUCGAUCGAUCAAAGAUCCCCGCGGGUGGCUUGUACGACAAAGAACGAGUGAGAAAGUGGAGAAAGAAAGAGAGAGACAAUAACCAAGUGAUCUAUGAAAAAUCACGACUUUCAUGUCUUCACCUUUGUGUGAUAUUGUGUCGAGCAUCAGAAGGAGAUCAUGUCAGAUUCUAUAACAGGAUCUACAGAUAACAGGUCCAUUUCUGUUGAUAUGAGCCAGCAGACUGUUACGCGACCAAAAUUCCAACCAAUACGUCUCAAGGCACUCUUACAUUUCUGUGAAAGCGACGAUGACGAUGAUGACGAUGACAACAGCGAAAGAAAGCCUCAGGAGUCUGAAGAUGAAUCAGACGAUGAACCACAACCUUUGGCACAAGACGAAUCCGCUGAGAAUAUACCACAACAGUUAUCCUUAUCUGAAGAAGAUGUUAAAUUGUCCAAAACUGAUACACAGGACAGAUUCUCUAUCCAUACUUUACAGGAAGAAAGUCACAAAGUUGCAUCUGAUGUUUCUUCUAUCUUAGAUAAACUAAGCUGUACAACAAGCAACAAGAAAGAAUGCAAAGUUGGUGAUGUAAAUGUUGAGAAUUGUCUUCCCAUGGAUAAACUAAAUAAAUUAGAGCCAUACAGAAAUAAAAAUGAGGAGACACAGGACUGUAACGAUGGUAAAACGGUUUCAAGGAGUUAUCAAGUUGAAACUGUUCAUGAACGCGCAACAAAUGUAGCAUUACCUUCUUCGUCGUUGUCACUUUACAAAGGGGAUUCUGAUGCGAAUAGAAGUCUGCAAUCGACAAGCAGUGGUCAGUCGCAUCAUGAAAACGCUUACAUGUCGGAUGUAUUAAACAGAAAGAAAGAGGAGCAUGUGUAUAAUAUGUUAGCAGAGAGCAAGAAGCUGUUAGGGACUAGUAACGACAGCUUCUUGAGCGACGAUAAAUGGCAUAGAAGUGCGCAUAGCUUGGCCGGUAUCGAGCAACCCGGUAAGGACCACGAGGAGAAAUUUCAUCGCAGGAUCUCGAACGUUGAAUCGGAGCCCGUCGGCGUGUCGCUGAGCACAUCUGGGAAUUCGAUUUAUCCCACGGCGAAGCACAGUUCGCAGCAUAACGUUACGAAGUACGAAGGCAACGAAAAAUAUGCAGCCGCGGAAGGCAAGCAUAUCGACCUCAGCACACCAUCGUUAAGUAAAACGUUCUCCGUCGUGAAUCGCUUGGUCGUAGAGACUCCGAUGAAGCACCUGCAAGUUGGCCCGGUGCAUCCGAAUCCGUGCACGUCGCACAAACAGCUGUUUUGUACCCCGCAGAACAAGCUGCCCAACGACCCGAGCAAAAACUACAUCCAGACUCCCUCUACGAUACUCUCCAGCUGGUGUCACAAUAUGAGACACACGCCGGUAGACGGGAAAAACCACGUCGCAAAGGAUUGUGUACCGACGCCCAGGAAUGCAGUCUAUGCACCGGUCAUGGGGAAAGGAGAACUAUCCAGGUGCUUCGGACUGGACACGAAAAGUGCAAGAAGACCUUUAGCAGACGCUAAAUUGACGCACGGCGAUUCCUCUAUAUAUUCUCUGGAAACGAAGCCGCCGCUCAUGAUGCAGAAAUUCCCCGAGACCAAGUGCGUUACGUCCGAGAUGCAACAAGAUGACAGAAGCAGAAAGACAAUCGGACUAUCGGAGGCGAAAUCAAUGCAGAUCGAGGCGAAUUAUGAUAAAGAUUCGAAAUCGGUGAACUCUGUCGAAGAAACAAAAGAGAACAAACAGCCCAAUUUACCGGACCCUCUGCUAGGGAAUGAUAAGAGAAUCAUGCAAGAGAGCAAACAAACGAUUGUUGGUCCCAGCACGAGCUUGAAAGUAAUGCAGGAUUCCGCGCGAAGGUACGACAUUGAGCACAAUGUUGUCUCGAGUACAGAGUGCAAAGACUUGCAAAAUCGUCAGAGGCAGCAUGAAAGGUCACGGCAGAUCGCGGGCAAAAUGGGGAAUAUACAGUUUUCUGUACCGUCGAGCAUCCCGCUGCAACGACAACGUAAAACGUUAUUCGUGAAAGACAGAGAAUACUUGGUCCUGGGCUCUUUGGGUCAGGGAAUGAGCGGCGAGGUAUUGCGAGUGCAGGAUUUAUCCUGUGGCGAGCUGCGUGCUAUCAAAUGCGUGGACUUGAGUAAGAUGGAUAAAGAGUCUGCUCAGGGUUGCUUGGACGAAAUCUCCUUACUGCACAAAUUACAGGCGCCCUGCGUUAUCAAAAUGUUCGAUUACAAUAUUAGAGAAUCCAUGGUCUAUGUAGUGAUGGAAAUGGGUGAUACUGAUCUCAGUCGUCUCUUAAAAUCCAUGUCCCAGGAAAAGCAAAUUCCUCUUACAAUGAUUCUGUAUUACUGGACCGAAAUGCUCACUGCUGUAAAACACAUACAUGAUAAUGGAGUUAUACAUUCGGACUUGAAACCGGCAAACUUCUUAUUAGUACGAGGUCGGCUCAAGCUAAUAGAUUUCGGAAUUGCCUCAAACAUAAACUCGGACAUGACGUCGGUCUUGAAGAAUAACCCGAUCGGAACGUUAAAUUAUAUUAGCCCGGAAGCCCUGAUGGACAUUGGCGGUAACGCAGACUCGCCCACUCAUAAUGUUAAAUACAAGAUAAGUUUCAAGUCGGAUGUGUGGUCAUUGGGAUGCAUUUUGUACAGUCUGGUGUAUGGUCAUACGCCUUUUCACAACAUACGCUCUCAGUGGGCGAAGGUAAACGCCAUAACCAAUCCUAAGCCGAAUAUCUUGUUUCCGAUGUUUCCAAACAGCGAGUCUCAGGCUGGCGAACGCGCGCCACCCGUCCUGAUCGACGUGAUGCGAAAGUGUCUUCAGCACGACCCGAAAGCAAGACCUACUGUGGCACAAUUAUUGCAAGUGCAAUACGUGCCCACCAAACAGAAUGUCGCAACCACGAUGCCCGAUGUUCCGACGAGUAUCCUCAUGAAGAUAAGGCAUGCUUUGAACGAGGAAGAGUGGCGGCAAUUGAUUCAGGUAUUGGACACAAAGCGGCAUCAUACAUAAUAUUAUGGAAAUAAUAAAUUUACCUGUUUACUUAUUUGUAACUUAUUUGUUUACCGGUGUACAUAAAAAUAUUUGUAUAUAUAUACAAGAGACAGCAAGGCGUAAAUAUACAGAAUGCUUAUUGACACAUGUCACAAAAAGGGUGAUGUGAUAAAAAUAAUAUAUAUAUAUAUGUAUGAAUAUAACGUGUAGAAAGAGAGGAAGUGAUAAAGAUAGAUAGUAAAGAAAUGUAAGAUAUCAGAAUAGCGUUUAUAAAUAAGAUUGCAAUAGAAUUAUGCUUACCUAUGUCGCGAACACGAAACUCUGUGCAUAUCAACAAUUGCAUUUUAAGAAAGUAAAGUUUUAUAAGAUUAUAUUAAAUUAAAA